UCCUUCUUUCUCUCACUCCUUUUCUCUUUCUCGUUCACUCUCUCGCUCGCUUCCUCUCUCGCUCUCUCUCUCUCUCUCUCCCAUUCUCUCUCCCUCCCUACCAAUCUUUCUCUUUCUCUCUCUCUCGCUCCCUCCUCCUAUCCUCUCUCCAUCCCUUUUUCUCUCUCUCCUUCCCUCUCUCUCUUUCUCCCUAUUACGCUCUCUCUCUCUCUCUUGCAGUGUGUGUCUAUAGCUCCUUCUCAACCUCUUUUUUUGUUUGAUAGUCUUUCUAGUUUAUCAGCUCCUUACAUGAACUUCCUUCUUUCCUGACUCUCUUGGAUUAAACUUUGGCCUCUUUUUCAAGGUUGAAUGACAACAGACUAAGCCAUGAUAGCAAAACAAACCAAAGCAAAGUAUUUACUCUUUCACAUCACACAGAAUAGUAUUGUUAUAUUCAAUGCUGUGUGCAAUGUGACCUAUACAAUGUAUAUUGAAUUAGAGUGACUCACACAUCCAUAUUGUAAUACAAGUGCAUCAGAGUGUUAGUGUUGUAGUGCACUUAUUAAUGGAGAAAACUCCAGCACUCAGCAGCUUACAAUGCAACAUCUUUAGUUGUGAUGCUUCAGUACAAGAGCUUUGUCAGAUCACUGAUCAUUAUAUACAAGCCACUGAUUUCCAACGUCUUAAUGUGUGUGUGUGUGUGUGUGUGUGUGUGUGUGUGUGUGUGUGUGUGUGUGUGUGUGUGUGUGUGUGUGUGUGUGUGUGUGUGUGUGUGUGUGUGUGUGUGUGAGCUCCAGUAGAUCUACAAGAAUUGCACUCUCAAACGUGUGUUUGUAUAUCUAUAGAGUUUAUCAAAGACAAACUGAUAGCCUGACUAGUCCUUCUUGGCCCCACAGUCUAUGUUUAUGCAAAUGUUUUGGUAUAAAUCGUAGAUAGACUUGGAACCAGCCUAUGGGCUUGGUUGAAACAGUUUAAAAUGGUGACUUUGCAAAUAUAAGUGUGUAUUUACACACUUUUUGUGUUAGGGUACUAUUCUUAUUUUAGUGGUUUAAAUUUGAACUUAUUCAAGGCAUAUUCUAAAGAGUGCAAUCAACAACAAACCUGUUGCCUGUGACAACAAAUCAACAUGCCGCGUUGCUUGGGGCCAGCGGAACCCGGCGUAACUCUGUGACAUCACGGGGCCCGCUCCUCUAUAUAAGGCCCCGCCCCUCAGUCCACUGCUCAUUGCUGAUCUGAGAGUCGAACCGUGAGAGUGAUCUGACAGCAAGGACAGCGAUUCAAGCUAGCAAAGUGACAGAGAUAACUAUGGAGAAGAGAGUGGAGAAGAUCGGUGAUGACCCCCCCCAUCAGGAGACCCUGGCUGGGGGGGGGGACUCAUCCUCGUCGACAGGGGAAGACCACCUGGGACAGAUGGUGAGGACAUGGUUGGAGACGAUGCUGUCAACCCUCCACCCAGGCCACACCUCCACCACACGCGUGGAGGUUCUCCAACCAGGAGACCUGGAGACACUGGGUGGGGUCGAGGACAAACCAGCGUCCUCCCCCAAUCCGGACCCCUCAGACUGCUCCUCGCCGCAAGAGGAAGACCAGCUGAAACAGAUGGACUUGGAGUCUCAGGAGGAUUCUGAGUCGGUCGUGAUAUCAGAUAGUCCUGCACCCAGGCCCCAUCGCCCUGAACCCAGGCCACAAAGCCCUGAACCCAGGCCACAAAGCCCUGAACCCAGGCCACAAAGCCCUGAACCCAGGCCACAAAGCCCUGAAGCCAGGCCACAAAGCCCUGAAGCCAGGCCCCAACGCCCUGAACCCAGGCCACAAAGCCUUGAAGCCAGGCCCCAUCGCCCUGAACCCAGGCCACAAAGCCCUGAACCCAGGCCACAAAGCCCUGAAGCCAGGCCACAAAGCCCUGAAGCCAGGUCACAAAGCCCUGAAGCCAGGCCCCAAAGCCCUGAACCGGGACACCAACACCAAGACAGGCGCGAAGGCUCAAGCCCUUUUGAGGCCUGGCUGCCUCCGGUCCCAGACAGGCCCCCAAAAAAGCUCCUGUCCCGAGUCAUGGCCAACAUACAGGUCGCGAUGAGGAGCAUCCGAAAGCACAAGGUCGGGGUCACCGUGGCCGAUGAUGCCCCCCUGAGCGACGGAGAAGGGGAUGGGAAGACGGAGGCAGAAGGGGACCGCCCCGCCCCGGAGGCCGAGGGGAAGGGCCUCAGGCCAACGCUCAAUAUGUGGCUGAACGUUAGGCUGAAGGGGCGCCUGACAAAAGUGGCUGCCCUGUUCCGGUGCGGGUCAAAUGUACUGUAAAUAAAAUGUACAGAAAAAGUAUGGAUGUCAACCAUCUGAUGGGACCCGACCAUGGCCACAUCGAUGGGACUACACACUGGAGUGAAACCCCAGCUUUGUCUGAGCCAAGGUGAAUUAGACAAAGUAUGUCAAACAUCUGAUGGGACCCAACCAAGUCCUCAUCAAUGUGACAUCACACUGAGGUGUGUAGUACUUUGUUUGAUUUCACCUUGGCUAGGACGGAGCUGGAGUUUAAUUCCAGUGUGACGUCACAUCAAUGUGGACUUGGUCGGAUCCCAUGCGACGUUUGACGUGCAUACUUUGUCUGAGCCCAGGUGAAUUUAACCAAAGCAUGUAUGUUAAACAUCUGAUGGGACCCGACCAUGUCCACAUCGAUGUGACAUCACGCAGGAGGGAAACCCCAGCUUUGUCCGAGCCCAGGGGAAUUUAAACAAAGUAGUUUAACAUCUGAUGGGACCCAACCAAGUCCUCAUCGGUGUUAUCACACUGAGGUGUGUAAUGCUUUGUUUAAAUUCACCUGCACUGGGACCAAGCUGUGGUUUCACUCCAGUGUGAUGUCACAUCGACGUGGACUUGGUUAGGUCCAAUAAGAUGUUUGACAAACAUACUUUGUUUCAAUUCACCUGGGCCAAACGCCCAAUUCAUGGGAACCAGCACAGAAUCAAAUAAAAAUAUGUUGCAGCA